CACAGUGAAUCGGCGAUUUCUUCCGACUACCGAAUCCGCCAUGAACACCGAUUCAGUUGUCGAGUUCCUUGGAAACGUCCCUUUACUCCAGAAAUUACCGAGCUCUUCUCUGAAGAAAAUUGCUCAAGUUGUUGUGCUCAAACGUUACGGGAAAGGGGAUUAUGUGGUUCGUGAAGAUCAAACUUGGGAUGGAUGUUAUUUUAUUUUCCAAGGAGAGGCUCAGGUUUCCGGACCAGACGAAGAAGAUAACCGCUCCGAAUUCCUCUUGAAACAGUAUGAUUACUUUGGCCUUGGUUUAUCUGGGAACGUUCAUUCAGCAGACAUUGUUGCUAUGUCCCAGCUUACAUGUUUGGUGUUGCCGCGUGAUCAUUGUCAUUUGCUUGAGACAAAUUCAAUCUGGCAAUCGGAUACGUCAGUUGACAAAUGCUCUUUAGUGGAACGCAUAUUGCAACUCGACCCUUUAGAAUUGAAUAUCUUCAGGGGGAUCACACUACCUGAUGCUCCCAUAUUUGGAAAGGUUUUUGGAGGACAAUUUGUCGGACAGGCACUUGCUGCGGCAUCAAAAACUGUUGAUUUUCUGAAGAUAGUCCAUAGUUUACACUCCUAUUUUCUUCUCGUUGGAGAUAUUGAUAUCCCCAUUAUUUAUCAAGUUCACCGCAUACGUGAUGGGAACAACUUUGCCACCCGAAGAGUAGAUGCAGUACAGAAAGGAAAUAUCAUAUUCAUCUUGUUGGCAUCAUUUCAGAAAGAACAACAAGGAUUUGAUCACCAGGAGUCAACCAUGCCCUCUGUACCAGAUCCUGAUACGCUUCUAUCACUGGAGGAGUUGCGUGAACGCCGUAUAACUGAUCCUCAUUUACCGAGGAGUUAUCGGAACAAAGUUGCAACUAGAAACUUUGUUCCAUGGCCUAUAGAGAUUCGAUUUUGUGAGCCCAGCAAUUCAACAAAUCAGACAAAGUCUCCUCCGAGAUUGAACUAUUGGUUUAGAGCAAAGGGAAGGCUUUCUGAUGACCAAGCUUUGCACCGAUGUGUUGUUGCAUUUGCCUCGGAUUUAAUAUUUUGUGGUGUCGGUUUGAACCCUCACCGCAGAAAAGGACUAAAAUCCGCUGCUCUGAGCCUGGACCAUGCGAUGUGGUUUCACCGACCUCUAAGAGCCGAUGACUGGUUGCUCUAUGUGAUUGUGAGUCCAACUGCGCAUGAGACCCGUGGUUUUGUGACAGGUGAAAUGUUCAACAGAAAAGGAGAGCUGGUUGUAUCAUUAACGCAAGAGGCCCUUUUAAGAGAGGCUAGACCUCCAAAACCCUCCUCCAUCGCUGUUCCUAUCAUCGCUGAGAUUGAUCUCUACAAAUACGAUCCAUGGGAGCUUCCUGGUUUAGCCCUUUAUGGUGAGAAAGAAUGGUACUUCUUCUCUCCCAGAGACAGAAAAUAUCCCAACGGUUCGCGUCCUAACCGGUCUGCUGGUUCUGGUUACUGGAAAGCUACCGGAGCUGAUAAACCGAUCGGACUUCCUAAACCGGUCGGAAUUAAGAAAGCUCUUGUUUUCUACGCCGGGAAAGCUCCUAAAGGAGAGAAAACCAAUUGGAUCAUGCACGAGUACCGUCUCGCCGACGUUGACCGGUCGGUUCGCAAGAAGAAGAACAGUCUCAGGCUGGAUGAUUGGGUUCUUUGCCGAAUUUACAACAAAAAAGGAGCUACCGAGAGGCGAGGACCACCGCCUCCGGUUGUUUACGGCGACGAAAUCAUGGAGGAGAAGCCGAAGGUGACGGAGAUGGUUAUGCCUCCGCCGCCGCAACAGACGGCCACGGCGAGCGAGUUCGUGUAUUUCGACACGUCGGAUUCGGUGCCGAAGCUGCAUACGACGGAUUCGAGUUGCUCGGAGCAGGUGGUGUCGCCGGAGUUCACGAGCGAGGUUCAGAGCGAGCCCAAGUGGAAAGAUUGGUCGGCUGUAAGUAAUGACAAUAACACCCUUGAUUUUGGGUUUAAUUACAUUGAUGCCACCGUGGAUAACGCGUUUGGAGGAGGGAGUAGUAAUCAGAUGUUUCCGCUACAGGAUAUGUUCAUGUACAUGCAGAAGCCUUACUAAGGGGGGAUUCCUUUCCUGCCGCCGAAACGCAACGCAAAACGCUCGUUUUUGCGUUUAUGGCAACACGAGACCGUUUUAUAUGGUCAAUGAGUGUGCCGAUUCGGCCAUUAGAUUUGUAGACAGUGUUCGUCUAUUUUAUAGACCGUCCGAUUUCAGAUAAUCUCUCUAAUCGGACGGUGGUCGUUGGAUGUAUCAGUGUAUUACUGUGUUAGGUAGAAAAAAUCCACUUGUGCUUGUGAUUGCCCUUUAACGGGCAUAAAAGUCAAAAGCGAAU